AUGUCAAGUGAGCGCGAAGGGGAAAUAUGUAGUAAUGAAAUGGGAAGUCAACCUAUACUGUUCAUAUCGGACCUCAAACAAGUCGUAGGUAAGCAAUAUUCAGUACCACUGGGAAGGAAGAACGAUGCGUUCGUGGCUGAAACUUUGAUACCUCUCAAUCUUUUGAAGAAAAUCAUUGAGCACCUGCCGACUCUAGCUAUGAGAGUUCAACUAACCAUCCCCUCAUCCUACUUCAACAUCGAACGACUGAUAAAUCUCAAUCUAGAGCAACUUCCAACAAAACCUAGUGCUCAGAAGAUAUUGACGAUUAUAUUGAACGGCGGAAAGCCUCCCGGUCACGAUUGGGUAAUUACGGUAGCUGAAGGGUCUCCCAGAGAAUUCUUCGUCCAUCGGAAAGUUCUUGAAGAUGCAAAACGUUGCAAACAGGUUGUCAUACACACGCACACAUCGCUGCCUUCCGAGCAACUACUAAUGGUUUCCCAUGAAGAUCGUUGCAUUUUGACGGCAACUCAUGCAUCCGAUAUGAAAACGAUUUUGACAUAUUUCUACCUCCGUCAAUAUGAGAUUCCUUCAUAUGAUACAUUCGCUCGUGUGGGAAGGACGCUGUGUUUACUGUUUCCACAGGAGGUUAUCUUAGGGUUUUUCGAACACUGGGAAGUUGCUAUUGCUCGCGAUCUCCUCCAGAAAAAUCCUUCCAUAUUGAUACAUAGUGAAUUUAUGGGAACUGUUUGCUAUGCGCCCCCCACUCGACAUCCAUUCAGAAUCGUAGUGGCGUAA